AUGACAUCGUAUCAAGAGUUAACGAGUGAAAGAGAGAAUAGCUUUCUGUUCAUCGGGGGGUACCGACCAAGAGAGGUCAGAAUACGACAGUUGGACCACAACUCUGGACUCAGUAAUGGAAAGGAGGGUAACUUAGAAGUUGUCUCAGAAGUUUUAAAUCCUCACUGUGACUGUGACUGUGAAAACGGCGUGCCUGUGCCUCUCAACUCGGCCAGCCGUCCUCUGUCUCCGAGUCUGGACUUCUCACCCCCACCGGCCUGUCUCCACUACCCUCGUGUUCCCUUGCUCUUAACUGCACAGGAAUUUCCUGGACUUGGAUACGCUUCGUCAACAAGCAACAGCCGAGAUGAGACGCACUGCGACUUUGGGCAAUUCAAUGCGCAUUUCCAAUUAUACACUCAUGAUAGGCCUAAAAUUCACGUCGCCGUCGUGGAUAGUUGUUCCGCGGAUCGUAAGUGUACCAUAGAGGAUGUUAACCAACGGAGCAAAACUUUUGAAUGGAUGAAAGUAAAGAGAAGUCAACCGCGUGCGGACAAGAUGCACAUGACCUGUGGAUUGAGUAUCCUUGGCCGAGGCUUCAGUAUUGACCAAGGUGGCAGCCAUAUCGAAAUGGACGUGCAUCACGCGGCAAACGGAGUCCACAGGACCAGCUUCAAUACCAAACAGCUCACAGAACUGGAGAAAGAAUUCCACUUCAACAAGUAUCUGACGCGGGCAAGGAGAGUGGAGAUAGCCGGCGCCCUGCAGCUCAGCGAGACGCAGGUGAAGAUUUGGUUUCAGAACCGACGCAUGAAGCAGAAAAAAUUACAGCGAGAGGGUCUGCUCCCCGGGCUUCCGGCAUCUUCGAUCUGUGCAGAGAGCUCACGCUCUAGUAGCCUGGACACCUGCCCCUCGCCUGAACCGUCUUCACCAAAACACCUGCCCUCGAACACUGAACUUAACGACAAGUCUCGCGCGUUACUCGGGAAGGUUUGUGAUACUACCAAUAGUGUCAAUGACUUGCAAAUGCAGUGAUGAACUGAAUGUAUUUGAUUUAAUUAAUGUUUUAAGACCAACUUCAUGCGAAAACCAAAAAAUGCUAUUCAAUAAUCGGAGCGUAUAGCUGUACCAUCAUGACCUCUGCUGUGACAAUUAUUCACGUGAGUGUUUUAGGCGCGGCUCAAGGUGUUCAGAUGAUAAAAAAAAGGAUAGCCUAUACGCAACGUUCUUGAAAAAGCACUUUAAAGCAGAGUAAAAUUGUUUAUUUAAGGCAGCCAUUCCAGCCCCAAAUGUGAUUUGUCUUCUUAUUUACUAACGUAUUCUUGUGUGGAUAUUGA